AGAAACAAAUGCUCUAAAGUAUGCUGAGAAAAACAAUUUAACUGCCAUUUUAUUAGGCAAAAUAAUAUGCUGAGUUCCCAUGAAUUAGCUUGACAAAAAUAGUUUUGUUAUUGAUCUCAAGGAAGCCCAUUAGGUAACUAACUGGAUGAAAAACUGGAUAAACAAUCAUUAGGAACUAUAAUAUUUCUUUAAGGAAUAUUCUGGGUUCAAUAUGUUAAGCUCAAUUGACAGCAAAAUGCUGAUAACCACAAAAAGUAAGUUAGACUCGUCCGUCCUUUUCGUUAAAAAAGCAAAACUUGGGGGCCUGCGAGUAUUGACGCUGACUACCACCUCUGGAGUCACGAGUUCGAAUCCAGGGUGUGCUGAGUGACUCCAGCCAGGUCUCCUAAGCAACCAAAUUGGCCCGGUUGCUAGGGAGGGUAGAGUCACAUGGGGUAACCUCCUCGUGGUGGCGAUUAGUGGUUCUCGCUCUCAAUGGGGUGUGUGGUAAGUUGUGCGUGGAUCGCGGAGAGUAGCAUGAGCCUCCACAUUCAGAGUUUCUGCAGUGUCAUGCACAACGAGCCACGUGAUAAAAUGUGUGGAUUGACUGUCUCAGAAGCGGAGGCAACUGAGAAUUGUCCUCUGUCACCCUACCAAGAACAACUCAGUAUUUUUAAUGAAAUCAGGUGAGUUCUCUGUCUGCUACAGAAAAAGACAAUUUCUCAUAAAGCAAAUACAAUCAGAUCAGAUGCACUGAAUUAUGUCUUGGUUAACAUUAAACUACAUCUGACAGGAUAGACCUCAGAUUCAAAAACACUGCAAAGUGUAAUUCUACCAUGUAUUGCAUUUAGUGUGUAUAGGCAAUUGUAAUUUGCACUAUUCAUUAACUUCAGACUGUAUUCAGUAUGUAGAUCACACGUUAUCAUCAUCAUCAUCGUUGUUAUUGUCAUAAUUAAAUGCUGGAGCGUGUCUUUCCUCUGUUUGCUCAUGAUCCAAAGUCAAACAUCACCAGCUAACAGUUUAUGGCUGAUUUCUAUGUUUAUGUUUCUGGUUAAGGAGGAUUUUAAAGGGGAAAAAAGUUUUGAUUCCAAAAAGAAAACAAAAUCUAGUUUUAAAGAAUUGAUUAAAACAAAUACACAGAGAGAGAGCGACUGCCAUUCGGCCUCGCACCUCUGCUCACAUCGCCACCUCCACCGACCGACUCGUGCACUUAUGGACACUGAACUGGCAUUAUCUUUGAGAACUUUAAUCGGACCAGUAGGGAACAUUAGUGGAUCGGAUAGAUUCAUGCUGCAUCUCGAAUUAUAAAGAAUAAAAUGAGUAAACUGUCAUUUAGGGGGCGGGUACUGGACGCUUCCAAGCCUCUACCCAUCUUCCACUGCGAGGACCUGCACGAAUAUGCGUCUAUUAACCGGGCAGUGCCACAGAUGCCCACAGGGAUGGAGAAAGAGGAGGAAUCGGAACACCAUCUCCAGCGGGCGAUCUCUGCUCAGCAGGUGUAUGGGGAGAAGAGGGAUAACAUGGUGAUUCCCGUGCCAGAGGAUGAGAGCAACAUCGCCUACUAUAAAUCCCUCUACCCGGGGGACUUCAAGGUGCCGAAACAGCUCAUUCACAUACAGUCUGGACACAGAACAGAUGAUCUGGACUCUGAUGAUGACACAUUUGUAAAUAAGCUGAAGAAACGGGGAGCACUGCAGUUUGAAGAAAUGAUUGACCGACUGGAGAAAGGCAAUGGAAAGCAGCCAGUGUCUCUGCAGGAGACCAAGCUCUUGUUGAAGGAGGAUGAGUUAAUAAAGGAGGUGUUUGAGUACUGGAGCAGGAAAAGGAGAGCCUGUCAGAGCGGCUCUUUCAUCCCUGUUGUCAAACAGGAGAAGUGUGACAGCUCCAGCACCAGUGACCCCUACGUUGCCUUCAGAUGCAGGACGGAGAAGAUGCAGACCAGAAAGAAUCAUCAGAAUGAUGAAACUUCUUACGAGAAGAUGCUGAAUCUGCAUAGGGACCUGAGCUGAGCCGUUACAAUCCUGGAGAUGAUCAAAAGGCUAGAGAAGAGCAAAAGAGAGUUGCUGCACCUCAUGCUUGAGAUCGUAGAGAAGAGGAACAGCAUGGCUGAUUUUGGAGGGGAGGUGAUGGCAGAGGUUCUGGCUCAGAGAGCUCUGGAGAAGCCCGUCAUCCCGCUGAUACCAAUCACCAACAGCACCCAGUACAGACACACAAAGCACGACCGGGACUACAACAGCAAGGCGGAUAAGCCAGAGGUUGUACGGCAGAAGAGGAAGUAUGAGAAGAAGGCAAAGCCGUUGCCCUUGGCAGGCUCUGCCCACUCAGGCCUGAGGGCAAUGGCUGUUUUUAACGCUAAAGACCUCAAUCAGUACGACUUUCCCAGCUCAGAUGACGAACCCUCCCAGAUGUUCUCUGGUUCUUCAGAGGUUGAGGAGGAGAAUGAUCCAGAUGGUGUGUUUGCCUUCCAGAGGAGAACAGGCUGUCAAUAUCAUACUGUGCGUUCAGGACCCACAGGGGAUUGGCCCUGGACAGACCCAACUGAGGGCGGGAUAGGAGAUGUGUGGUAUUGCUAUUCUCUCACCAUGCUCACAGUGCCAUGGCGAUGCCUGGGAUUGGCACGGCGGCGAGUGGGCAGGGUGUUAUUGGACUGAGCCCACUCUGAUUGGGAUUCUGUGUAUCAUGGGCUGGACCCGGAUUCCCCCGUGUUCCCCUCACUGUCUCCUAGCCCGCAGCCCAGCAUGGAUACCUCACACACCAGCACAGAUACAUCUGCCUCCUCCUCAUCUCCACUUGAUCUCACACAACUCUUGCUCAACAUCAAAGCAUUUAUUGUGAGGUGUUUACAAUUUAGUUUAUUCAUCAAUUCUUAUUUUUUCUACGAUUAACAUUUUUUA